ACACGAACACAAACACAAACACGCUCCGCGUCCCCAAGGAGGGCGGGCCGACGCCACCUCACCAUUCCCCGCCCCUGGACCCCGCGGCCCGCGACGGACCCAGGGCCCGUGCUCAGUGCAGAGCAACCCGUCCCCAGGAGAACUGUAGCGGCCGCAGAGGCCCUGCUCGUUAUAACGGCUACGAAGAGGCUACGCGCCUCCCGGUGAGUUGGUGGGAGACAUGCUGGAAGCCGCGGCGAAAAAGGUGAGGGAGUGAAGCGCCUCUCCCCACCUCUUCUUGAACGCGCGGGAAGCGGUCUACCCACCCCCAACCCUGUCCCGUCCGCAAUCGCCGCUCCCACCUUCCGCCGCCGCCUUGAGUGAAGUCGGAACGGCGGGGGUCACGGCGGGGGUCAGAGGGUAAAGGUCUUGCUCCCAGCAGCCUCCGCGGUGGAUACGUCGCCAUCUUGGAUCCGCGGGACAAGAAAAUUCAUGCGAGGGAGAACUGGUGGGCGGUCCUUCCUGUGACACGACCCUUGAGUGACAGUUCUAUUUGAUUGCCUCCAGUACUGUGAGGAAAGGACACGACUCUAUGGUGAGGACUGAUGGACAUACAUUAUCUGAGAAAAGAAACUACCAGGUGACAAACAGCAUGUUUGGUGCUUCAAGAAAGAAGUUUGUAGAGGGAGUCGACAGUGACUACCAUGACGAAAACAUGUACUACAGCCAGUCUUCUAUGUUUCCGCAUCGGUCAGAAAAAGAUAUGCUGGCAUCACCAUCUACAUCAGGUCAGCUGUCUCAGUUUGGGGCAAGUUUAUACGGGCAACAAAGUGCACUAGGCCUUCCAAUGAGGGGGAUGAGCAACAAUACCCCUCAGUUAAAUCGCAGCUUAUCACAAGGCACUCAGUUACCGAGCCACGUCACGCCAACAACAGGGGUACCAACAAUGUCACUUCACACGCCUCCAUCUCCAAGCAGGGGUAUUUUGCCUAUGAAUCCUAGGAAUAUGAUGAACCACUCCCAGGUUGGUCAGGGCAUUGGAAUUCCUAGCAGGACAAAUAGCAUGAGCAGUUCAGGGUUAGGUAGCCCCAACAGAAGCUCGCCAAGCAUAAUAUGUAUGCCAAAGCAGCAGCCUUCUCGACAGCCUUUUACUGUGAACAGUAUGUCUGGAUUUGGAAUGAACAGGAAUCAGGCAUUUGGAAUGAAUAACUCCUUAUCAAGUAACAUUUUUAAUGGAACAGAUGGAAGCGAAAAUGUGACAGGAUUGGACCUUUCAGAUUUUCCAGCAUUAGCAGACCGAAACAGAAGGGAAGGAAGUGGUAACCCAACUCCAUUAAUAAACCCCUUGGCUGGAAGAGCUCCUUAUGUUGGAAUGGUAACAAAACCAGCAAAUGAACAAUCCCAGGACUUCUCAAUACACAACGAAGAUUUUCCAGCAUUACCUGGUUCCGGCUAUAAAGAUCCAACAUCAAGUAAUGAUGACAGUAAAUCUAAUUUGAAUACAUCUGGCAAGACAACUUCAAGUACAGAUGGACCCAAAUUCCCUGGAGAUAAAAGUUCAACAACACAAAAUAAUAACCAGCAGAAAAAAGGGAUCCAGGUGUUACCUGAUGGUCGGGUUACUAACAUUCCUCAAGGGAUGGUGACGGACCAAUUUGGAAUGAUUGGCCUGUUAACAUUUAUCAGGGCAGCAGAGACGGACCCAGGAAUGGUACAUCUUGCGUUAGGAAGUGACUUAACAACAUUAGGCCUCAAUCUGAACUCUCCUGAAAAUCUCUACCCCAAAUUUGCAUCACCCUGGGCAUCUUCACCUUGUCGACCUCAAGACAUAGACUUCCAUGUUCCAUCUGAGUACUUAACGAACAUUCACAUUAGGGAUAAGCUGGCUGCAAUAAAACUUGGCCGAUAUGGAGAAGACCUGCUUUUCUAUCUCUAUUACAUGAAUGGAGGAGACGUAUUACAACUUUUAGCUGCAGUAGAGCUUUUUAACCGUGAUUGGAGAUACCACAAAGAAGAACGAGUAUGGAUUACCAGGGCACCAGGCAUGGAGCCAACAAUGAAAACCAAUACAUAUGAGAGGGGAACAUAUUACUUCUUUGACUGUCUUAACUGGAGGAAAGUAGCUAAGGAAUUUCAUCUGGAAUAUGACAAAUUAGAAGAACGGCCUCACCUGCCAUCCACCUUCAACUACAACCCUGCUCAGCAAGCCUUCUAAAAAAAGACUUCCCUUUUCUUGGGGUAUGGCUGUCUCAGCACAAUACUCAACAUAACUGCAGAACUGAUGUGGCUCAGGCACCCUGGUUUUAAUUCCUUGAGGAUCUGGCAAUUGGCUUAUGCAAAGGGUCACCAUUUGAGGUCCUGCCUUACUAAUUAUGUGCUGCCCAACAACUAAAUUUGUAAUUUGUUUUUCUCUAGUUCGAGCAGGGUCUGAAUUUUUUUCAUUUAUUUUCUUUUUUUGCCAGCAGACAGACUUGAGUCUGUAAAGACAAGCAAGUACACUGACAGAAGUUUACCAUUUAGUUUCUAAAAUGUAAAAAAGAAAACCCACAAAAGACUCAACAGAAUUAGACCACAAAAUUUGCAUUGUUCAUUGUAGCACUAUUGGUAAUAAAAUAACAAAUGUUUGUGCAUUUUUAUGUGAAGAUCCUUCUCGUAUUUCAUUUGGAAAGAUGAGCAAGGUCUGCUUCCUUCAUUUUACUUCCCCUUCUGUUUUUGAAAGGCAGUUUCGCCAAGCUUAAUGCAAGAAUAUCUGACUGUUUAGAAGAAAGAUAUUGCCACAAUCUCUGGAUGGUUUCCAGGGUUGUGUUAUUACUGAGCUUCAUCUUUCCAGAAUGAGCAAAACACUGUCCAGUCUUUGUUACGAUUUUGUAAUAAAUGUGUACAUUUUUUUUAAAUUUUUGGACAUCACAUGAAUAAAGGUAUGUAUGUACGAAUGUGUAUAUAUUAUAUAUAUGACAUCUAUUUUGGAAAAUGUUUGCCCUGCUGUACCUCAUUUUUAGGAGGUGUGCAUGGAUGCAAUAUAUGAAAAUGGGACAUUCUGGAACUGCUGGUCAGGGGACUUUGUCGCCCUGUGCACUAAAGGGCCAGAUUUUCAGCAGCCAAGGACAUCCAUACCCAAGUGAAUGUGAUGGGACUUAAAGAAGUGAACUGAGACAAUUCACUCUGGCUGUUUGAACAGCAGCGUUUCAUAGGAAGAGAAAAAAAAGAUCAAUCUUGUAUUUUCUGACCACAUAAAGGCUUCUUCUCUUUGUAAUAAAGUAGAAAAGCUCUCCUCA